AUGCUGAGCCAUGCAAGGGGUCACGUAGCAAGCGCAUCGCCCGCGAGCUUCGUGCGCCUCGCCAAACACCGAGCGCAAACCUCCACUCGGACACGGCGGCAAGCAUGGCUGGUUCUGUGGACUUCGCCAUCGCCGUCGACGUCGCAAAAAAGAUGGCAGUCGAAUUCCGUCGCGGCCCAGACGCCGCCACGUGAUGCACCCGAACGAGCCCCCCCGGCGAGCCUGGCGAUACCCUCGGAAGCUCGCUUCAAUGAGAUCGGCGUCCAGCAUCUCAGCGCCCACGUCUACAACCAGGUCUUCCCAGACGGCGGCACGCCCGCGCCCCAGGAGCUGGUAGAGCUCUCCAAGGAUCACCUGCGGCGGCACGACCUCCUGGGCAAGAACACCGACAACAACCCUCCAAUCGCCUUUGACCUGCCGCCAAUCCAGGGCAAGACGCUCGAUGAACACUUCCACAAGCUUGGCCUCGACUGCGCCGAGCCCUUCUUGACCCAGGCGAAGCAGUUCGCUCGGGAGAAUGCGCCUCCGCGGCCGAGGAAAUGGGUGCGAAGGAGUGGUUGGACGAAAUACUACGCCGAUGGUCGCACCGAGGCGGUUGAUGCGCCGGACGACACCAUGCUCUGCUUUGACACCGAGGUCAUGUGGAAGGAGAGCUCCUUCGCCGUCAUGGCGUGCGCCAUGAGCCCCAAUGCCUGGUAUGCGUGGCUGUCGCCUUGGUUGCUCGGAGAAUCGGAAUCAGACAACCACCUGAUACCGCUGGGGGAUCCUAACAAAGACCGAGUCAUCGUCGGCCACAACAUCGGAUACGACCGCGCCCGCAUCUUGGAAGAGUACGAUUUAAAACAGACCAGAAACUCUUUUCUGGAUACCAUGUCGCUGCAUGUUGCAGUCAACGGCAUGUGCUCACAGCAGCGCCCUACCUGGAUGAAGCACAAGAAGAGCAGGGAGCUAAGGGACAAGAUAUCCAAGGAGACAGACAACGUGGAGCUAGCCACACUGCUUGCUAGCAACGAUUUCAGAGAGGAGGAGGAGGAGCUAUGGGUGGAACGGAGCUCGGUGAAUUCAUUGAGGGACGUCGCCAAAUUCCAUCUGGAUGUUACUCUCGAUAAAUCUGCACGGGAUGAUUUCGGAGGCUCGGAUCGUCAAGAAGUCAUGGCUCGGCUUGACCACCUCCUGGACUAUUGUGCGGCCGACGUGGCCAUCACCCACAGAGUCUACAAGAUCGUGUUCCCCAACUUUCUCGAGACCUGUCCACACCCUGUGAGCUUCGCGGCGUUGCGGCAUCUUUCGUCCGUUAUACUGCCAGUUGACAAGUCCUGGGACGCUUACAUUGCCAACACUGAAGCGACUUAUCAUCAACUAUCCGAUGCCGUGACGGACCGCCUCAUUGGUCUCAGUAACAAAGCGCUGGAGAUCAAAGACGACGAGCAGAAGUGGAGUAGCGAUCCCUGGUUACGGCAAUUGGACUGGUCUGGCAUGGAGAUCAGAAUGGUGAAGGGCAAAAAGAAGGGUGAUCCGCCAAGGCCGGCGGCACGCCAGAAGAUGCCGGGGAUGCCGAAAUGGUACAAGGACUUGUUCACCAAGAAGGACUCGUCAAUCAACAUUUCCGUCCGGACUCGUAUAGCGCCAUUGCUGCUUCGGCUAGCUUGGGAUGGUUACCCUCUGCAUUGGUCGGACAAGUACGGAUGGACGUUCAGGGUACCGGUCAGCGACAUCUCAAAGUAUGCAGACACUCAACUGGUCCGUUGCGAUAUGACCGACGAACCUACCGAGGGUAUCCGGGAGGAUAACAAAGGAUUCUACUUCAAGUUACCCCAUAAAGACGGCCCCACGGCACGGUGUGCGACGCCACUGGCCAAGAGCUAUCUUGCUUACUUUGAUAAGGGUACGCUCUCUUCCGAGUAUUCGCUAGCAAAGGAGGCACUGGAGAUGAACGCUUCAUGCUCUUAUUGGAUCAGUGCUCGCGAUAGGAUCAUGUCACAAAUGGUUGUUUACGAAGAUCAGAAAACACCGGGUGCGAAAGCCAAGGACAGUGGGAGCAAGGAACAUACCCAAGGCUACAUUCUACCACAAAUUAUUCCCAUGGGUACUAUCACGAGGAGAGCUGUCGAGAACACUUGGCUUACGGCCAGCAACGCCAAGAAGAAUCGAGUUGGCUCUGAGCUGAAGGCCAUGGUGAAGGCGCCGCCCGGGUAUUGUUUCGUCGGCGCUGACGUUGAUUCGGAGGAAUUGUGGAUUGCCAGUGUUGUGGGCGAUGCGACGUUCAAGCUGCACGGAGGCAAUGCGAUCGGCUUCAUGACACUUGAGGGUACCAAAGCCGCUGGCACUGAUCUGCACUCUCGGACUGCCUCCAUUCUCGGUAUCACCCGUAACGACGCCAAGGUUUUCAACUACGGCCGUAUCUACGGUGCGGGUCUCAAGUUCGCAGCCACUCUUUUACGCCAGUUCAACCCCGGUCUUUCGGAGGCUGAGACACUCGAGACAGCGGGCAAGCUCUACGCCACAACCAAGGGUACCAAGACCAACCGCAAGGUACUCUACAAGCGGCCCUUCUGGCGAGGUGGCACCGAAUCAUUUGUCUUCAACAAGCUUGAGGAAUUUGCCGAACAAGACAAACCACGAACGCCCGUCCUUGGCGCAGGCAUCACUGAGGCUCUCAUGGGUCGCUUCGUCAGCAAGGGCGGAUUUUUGACCUCUCGCAUCAACUGGGCGAUUCAGUCUAGCGGUGUUGAUUAUCUACAUCUACUUAUCGUCGGUAUGGACUACCUUACCCGUCGCUUUAACAUAGAAGCUCGCCUCGCGAUCACUGUCCAUGACGAGAUCCGGUACCUCGUUAAGGACCACGAUAAGUACCGCGCCGCGAUGGCUCUACAAAUCGCCAAUCUUUGGACCAGAGCAAUGUUCGCUCAACAGGUUGGUAUCAACGACCUACCACAGGCCUGCGCGUAUUUCUCCGCCGUGGACAUUGAUCAUGUGUUGAGGAAAGAGGUCGAUAUGGAUUGUGUUACGCCUAGUCAUAAGACGCCAAUCCCGUCUGGUGAGAGCUUGGACAUAGUGCAGCUCCUUCAAAAGGGCGAGGAGGCAUUCCUGGAUCCGAAAAUAGUCCCGGAACGCUUUGCCCCCAACCUGGAGGGCAUCCAAUACACGCCUCGGGUCCCUGUAAUGGAGUCUCUGAACGACCCGGCCACGUCAGGAGACCUGUCGUUUCUGAAGGCGCAGAUCACCGGCGACGACGCCGAGCUUCGCGACAUCCUGAAGGAGCAGAAGAAGGUCACCACCACGGUCACAGCAGGCACCGGCAAGCCUGGGUCGAACGGUUCGACCUCGGGGUCCGGGGCCAAGAAGGGCAGGCCGAGGAAGCUCCUGCCCUACAGCAGCCAGCCGCAGCUGAUCCCGCACAUGUACCGGCCUUUCGAGAGCGCCAAGUUCACGGGCCAGAAGCACCCCGGCGGCCCCAGCAAGUGGGUCUGGGAGCGCAUGCCGCCGCGGAGCUCGGGAAACAAGGGAUGGAACCCUCAUCUGUAG